AUGGCUAUGGAGAAAUACUACUAUACACUUACUGAGGAAAGGGCUAUGGGGAACUACUACUGUACACUUACUGAGGAAAUGGCUAUGAGGGAAUACUACUGUACACUUACUGAGGAAAGGCCUAUGGGGAAAUACUACUGUACACUUACUGAGGAAAUGGCUAUGAGGAAAUACUACUGUACACUUACUGAGGAAAGGGCUAUGGGGAACUACUACUGUACACUUACUAAGGAAAUGGCUGUGGGGAAAUAUUACUGUACACUUACUGAGGAUAUGGCUAUGAGGAAAUACUACUGUACACUUACUGAGGAAAUGGCUAUGGAGAAAUACUACUGUACACUUACUGAGGAAAUGGCUAUGGGGAAAUACUACUGUACACUUACUGAGGAAAUGGCUAUGGGGAAAUACUACUGUACACUUACUGAGGAAAUGGCUAUGGGGAAAUACUACUGUACACUUACUGAGGAAAUGGCUAUGGGGAAAUACUACUGUACACUUACUGAGGAAAUGGCUAUGGGGAAAUACUACUGUACACUUACUGAGGAAAUGGCUAUGGGGAAAUACUACUGUACACUUACUGAGGAAAUGGCUAUGGAGAAAUACUACUGUACACUUACUGAGGAAAUGGCUAUGGGGAAAUACUACUGUACACUUACUGAGGAAAUGGCUAUGGAGAAAUACUACUGUACACUUACUGAGGAAAUGGCUAUGGGGAAAUACUACUGUACACUUACUUAG